AGGUCUAUUAGAGGUCAGUGUGAAUCCUUCUAAUAGCAACUGUUGGAGCACAGGGCCCUCCAGAUAAACUACACCUCUCCACCUUUGGACACAGUCUCUACCUUUCCUCAUAUACACACUGUUGGACUGGUCAGUGCAGAACAGCCAUGCAGGCUCAGGAAGUCCUGAGACAGCUGCGCAUUCCCGAGCUGGAUGACGUUCGGCAGUACGUGCGUGGCUUGCCUACCAACGCGCUCAUGGGUAUGGGUGCUUUUGCCGCCAUAACCACCUACUGGUUUGCCACCCGGCCAAAAGCCCUCAAACCGCCCUGUGACCUCGGUCUGCAGUCGGUGGAAAUACCAGGUGGAGAACGUGCAAGAAAAUCAGUACUGAACGAUAGUAACGAAAACAUGACACACUAUUACGACGACGCACGCACAAUGUACGAGGUGUUCCAGCGAGGGCUCAGAGUAUCAAAUAAUGGACCUUGUCUAGGAUCAAGAAAACCAAACCAGCCGUACGAGUGGCAGUCUUAUAAAGAGGUGGCAGACAGAGCAGAGCAUGUCGGCUCAGGUCUCCUUCACAGAGGACACUCUCAUACAGGAGACAAGUUCAUUGGUAUUUUUUCCCAGAACAGGCCUGAGUGGACUGUGUCAGAGCUGGCCUGUUACACAUACUCCUUGGUGGCAGUCCCACUGUACGACACGCUCGGCACAGAGGCCAUCGCCUACAUUAUUGACAAAGCUGCCGUCUCAACAGUGAUCUGCGAUGUACCCGAAAAGGCUCGGAUGAUUCUGGACUGUGUCGAUGGGAAGGGGGGAACAGUGAAGACGAUUGUGCUCAUGGAGGCGCUUGACAACGACCUGCUGACCCAAGGACAGCAGUGUGGCAUCGAGAUCCUGAGUUUGAAGGACGUUGAGGCCUUGGGCAAAGCCAACCACCAGAAACCAGUGCCCCCUAAACCAGAGGACCUUGCCCUUAUCUGCUUUACGUCUGGAACCACAGGAAACCCAAAAGGUGCACUGCUUACUCAUGGAAAUGUAAUCUCCAACACUGCAGCUUUCCUUAGAGUAACAGAGGGCUCACUGAGGCCCAGCGCUAAAGAUGUGCUCAUCUCCUUCCUCCCUUUGGCCCAUAUGUUUGAGAGGGUGGUGGAGGGUGUCAUCCUCAUCAACGGGGCUCGAAUCGGCUACUUCCAAGGGGACAUUCGACUUUUGAUGGAUGAUUUGAAAACACUGCAACCAACAGUCUUCCCUGUGGUCCCACGUCUCCUCAACCGCAUGUUUGACAAGGUAUUUGGUCAGGCCAAUACGCCGCUGAAGAGAUGGCUGCUCGAUUUUGCCUUCAGGAGGAAGGAGGCAGAGUUGAAAAAUGGCGUGAUCAGAAAGGACAGCAUGUGGGACAAACUCAUCUUCCAAAAAGUACAGGCGAGUCUGGGCGGUCGCGUGAGACUCAUGAUUACAGGAGCGGCGCCGGUGUCGCCGACCAUCCUGACGUUCCUGCGGGCUGCUCUGGGCUGUCAGUUUUAUGAAGGCUACGGUCAAACUGAAUGUACAGCUGGUUGCUCCAUGUCAAUGCCUGGAGACUGGACAGCAGGUCACGUCGGGCCUCCCCUGCCCUGCAAUGCUAUCAAACUGGUGGAUGUGGCAGAAAUGAAUUACCUGGCAGUCAAUGGAGAGGGAGAGGUGUGUGUCAAAGGACCAAAUGUAUUUCAGGGAUACCUGAAAGACCCAGAGAAAACAGCUGAGGCAAUCGACAAGGAUGGAUGGCUGCACACAGGAGAUAUUGGGAAAUGGCUUCCCAAUGGCACUCUGAAGAUCAUCGACAGAAAGAAGCACAUUUUCAAGCUGGCACAAGGAGAAUACAUCGCCCCCGAGAAAAUAGAAACCAUCUACAAUCGCAGUGAUCCAGUGUCCCAGAUAUUUGUUCAUGGUGAUAGCUUACAGGCAUGUCUGGUGGGGAUAGUGGUGACUGAUCCGGACUUUUUACCUAUUUGGGCCAAGAAGAAGGGGAUUGAAGGAUCUUACUCUGAGCUGUGCAAUAACAAGGAGGUGAAGAACGCCAUUCUGGAGGACAUCCUGAGGUUAGGCAAAGAAGCAGGGCUCAAGUCUUUUGAACAGGUGAGAGAUAUUGCAUUACAUUCUGAGAUGUUUUCUGUUCAGAACGGUCUCCUGACACCCACCCUGAAGGCCAAGAGGGCUGAUCUUCGGAACCACUUCAGAGAGCAGAUUGAUGAACUUUAUGCCAAAAUUAAGAUGUAAACUGGGAUCGAUGAGUAAUGUAGGGAGGUGACAAUCAUUUAGAGCACUCAGCCAGAACUGAAUAGCCUUGUGAAGGGGAUUUACCUUGAUUGUGACAAUCUUCUCAAUUUUGUGGGGACUGCUUUUAAACAAAAUGGGUGAUGAAUCCCAGUUUGAAGUAUGUAUUGUCCCCACUCCAAUUAGUGAUUGUACAGCUAAAUUUUCCUCAUUAUCACUGGCUAUUGAGUUCAGAUUAUCCCAGAACAUGUCAUUUUGUUACUGGUAUAAUUUAAAACAAGAGUAAGGGUUAAAAAACACAAAGGGGAAAUGUGACUUGCUCAUGCCUUAACUGCCAUAAGUCUGACUACUUCACGUUCAGAAAAGUCCAACUUUUGCAAACACUUCUGUCAGGUUCAAUUCUUGGGAGUCAGGAAAAAAAAUCCUAUAAUGCAGUGACAAAUACUGACUGUCUAUAUACCAGACUAUUUAAUGUUUUGGAUAUCUAUUUAAGCUUAUAUUUAAUGUAAUCAUUGAACCUGUAAAUAUUGUAUCUGCUGAAAAUAUGUAUGCAGAGUAUUGUGCCUGAUACUCCAUAUUGUUAAUUCCCUGCAUUCCCAUGUUUCUCAGUGCUGUGGGCUGAAGGACUGAUAAACCUGUUGUGCUGCACAAUUUAGUUAAUAGCCUACUGGGAAUCAUGUUGCUUGACAGAUGUUUUGUGUUUUUUUGGCUGUUUUCUUUUAACACUGUGGGGAAAAUACUGAAUGUUACAAUAAUGCACAUGCAGUUCUUCCUUUCAAAUUUUAGUGCCACAAGCUGCAGAAUAAAUGGUGCAUUCAGGGGAAAUAUUUGGUAAGACUGGUAUCACAUUUCAUUUAAAGAAGCCAGUUUUUUCAAAAUUAAUUCCAGGUCUUCGGCAGCAUUUCACAUUAACUUUCACUGAUGGUCCUUGAAACCAUCAGUCUUGUGAGAAAAUGAACAACAUUUCACCUGUUUAACAAAAAGGUCUGUUGUGAAUUCAGGUGUUUUUGUAGGAUUGUGAUCAUUAUGCACAUGUGAUCAUGUCAAAGACUCCUUGAGAGUUCAAGCCAUAUUGUUAUCGUUUUUUGUUAAAGACUCUUACGACACGAAAAGGGCAAAAGUGCUGUUUUUUUGCUGGAGUUACAAGUACAGGUUCUAUAUUUGUCAACUGUACCAA